CUCAAUUGAUGGUGUUUCAGUUCAUUCGCCACGGUGCAGGCCAUGGCAGCUACUCUUCUCUUCUUCUUUUUUGCUAGAAAAUAAUUUCCCGGCAUCCAAACAGACCCAACUGACAAUUUGCAACAUGCAUUCCAGAUUCCAAAUGUUGAAACUCUAUUCCCGCGUAAAUACCCAACUGAAAUUCAAAUUCGAAUUCGAAUUCCUAACCCAACCCAGAAGAAAGCUCCCGAUCCUUCCUCACCUUAUUCCCAAUCAGCAUUUUCACAGCACACGGAACCCGAACUCUGAAUUUAAUUUCAGAGAAGGGUUUGAAAGAGACGAGUUUGUUGGCUCGGUUGCUGAUCCCGGCGAACGCGAGGUGUUCCGACGAGAACCAGAUGACGAAACAGCUCUCGAAGUCCAAAAUCUCCUCAAAACGUACAGAGACAGCUCAGUUUCUGAGAUCGAGCGAGCUCUCCACCAAUGCAGACUCUCACUGACCGAUGAUUUGGUCCUCGAUGUGCUUAAACGGCACCGUUCCGACUGGAGACCCGCAUAUAUGUUCUUCAAUUGGGCGUCCAGAUGUGGUAUAGAAAGUGGAUAUUCACCUGGGUGUGGCGUCCACAAUGAAAUUCUUGACAUUCUAGGUCGAAUGAGGCGGUUCCAUGAAAUGACCCAACUGUUCGACGAAAUGUCUAACAGAAAAGGCCUUGUCAAUGAGAGGACUUUUGGGGUUUUGCUUAAUAGAUAUGCAGCUGCACAUAAGACAGAAGAGGCAGUGGAGAUUUUCUAUAAGAGGAAAGGGCUUGGAUUCGAGCUUGAUUUGAUUGCAUUUCAGACACUUUUGAUGUCAUUGUGCAGGUAUAAACAUGUUGAAAUGGCUGAGUUUUUGUUCCAUUCCAAGAAGAAUGAAUUCCCACCUGAUAUAAAGUCUAUGAAUAUCAUCCUCAAUGGAUGGUGUGUGCUUGGGAGUUUGCGUGAAGCCAAGAGGUUUUGGAAUGAUAUAAUCACAUCUAAGUGCAAACCUGAUAAGUUCACAUACGGGAUUUUCAUAAAUUCAUUGACAAAGGCAGGGAAAUUGAGUACUGCUGUGAAGCUGUUUCAAGCAAUGUGGGAGAAGGGGUGCAAUCCAGAUGUGGCAAUCUGCAAUUGCAUCAUUGAUGCAUUGUGUUUCAAGAAGCGGAUUCCCGAAGCUCUGGAAGUUUUGAGGGAGAUGAAUGAGCGAGAUUGCCAGCCUGAUGUCGCGACUUACAACUCGCUCAUCAAGCAUUUGUGCAAGAUUCAGCGGUUUGAAAAGGUUUAUGAGCUGUUGGAUGACAUGGAACAGAAGGGUUGUUUGCCAAAUGCUAGAACUUAUGGUUACUUGUUGAAGUCCACAAAGAAACCAGAGGAAGUUCCUGGGAUUUUGGAGAGGAUGGAGAGAAAUGGAUGCAGGAUGAACAGUGAUUGCUACAAUUUAAUUUUAAAGUUGUAUAUGGACUGGGGUUAUGAAUUAAAAUUGAGGUCUACUUUGGAUGAGAUGGAGAGAAAUGGGAUGGGACCUGAUCAGCGAACAUAUACUAUUAUGAUUCAUGGGCUUUAUGACAAGGGAAGGAUGGACGAUGCCUUGAGUUAUUUCAAGCAGAUGACAUUGAUGGGAAUGGUGCCGGAGCCAAGGACAACGUUGUUGGUGAAUGCCAUGAACAUCAAGUUAAAGGAAAGAGAAGCUGAACCAGAGGGGAAGGGGGCGAGAAACAAGGCUGAUUCCAUAAGGCCUUCAACUAGAAGGGGGAAGAAGAAGAGGGCGUUGUAAGUUCCACUUGGAAGUUGGGACUUAAUGAGAACUGAAGAAGAAAAUGAAUAGAAAAGAAAAAGCUUGGCUUCACCUGUUUUGAAAGAUGCAAAACUGUUGAGCUUCUUUUGAACUGGAGACUCCAUGCGUAUGAGAGGUGUUGAAUUCAAGUGUGCUGGGACUUUUGGGGCAGAAUGGCCAAAAGGGUGUUUAUUGAGUUGGGUUGAGGUGAUAUAAGGAAUUCUCUUACCCAACAAUCUUUUUGUUUUUGGUUUUUGUUGUUUUAAAUUUCUCAAAAAUACACUUGAUGCUCUCUGAUAAAGUAAAUCUUCUUAUAGCAGUUAUUUAUUUU